AUGGUGGAAAAGUAUGAGGCUAUGUUCCGCUCUGCGGAAAUGAGCUUGAUACAGGUUUACACUCCUCAGGAAAUUGCCAGGGAGGCGGUCUACAGUCUGGGAAGCCAGGGUCUGGUGCAGUUCAGAGACCUGAACACCAAAAUUCGCGCUUUCCAGAGAACCUUUGUGCCCGAAGUAAGACGCUUGGACAAUCUGCAGAGACAAUACAGGUAUUUUUACAAAGUUUUGUGCGAGCACAAUAUCCCGGUGUUUGAAGAAGCGGAGGAUGAAACAACCACAAAUGUGUUUCAAAUGGCCCCUAGCUCGUCGAAAAUUGACGAUCACGUCGAAAAUGGGUCUCUCAUCGAGCAACGGAUGCAGCAGCUAGUGGAGGCCCGCGAGCAGCUCGACUUACAAAAAUCUGACCUGGAACAGUUCCGCCUCGUUUUGCAGGCCGGGCAGGAGUUCUUUGAGAGCGCUUCUGGGCUGGUACAUGGAGAAAACCAGGAUGAAACUUUCCCCCACUCGGUUUCGUUUGUAACCGGUACCAUUCCUCGUGCCAAGGCUGCCACUUUGGAGCAAAUCCUAUGGAGGGUCUUGAGAGGUAACUUGUAUUUCAAGCACGUUCAAUUACCAGAGCCGCUCUAUGACUCCAGAUCUAAGACCAAGGUCUUGAAGGAUGCUUUUAUAGUUUUCUCUCAUGGUGACAUUAUCUUGCAAAGGGUGAGAAAGGUCGCAGAAUCUCUGGACGCAAACCUUUACGACAUUAGUGAGAGAGCCGCAGCCCGCUCGACCCAACUAGCCGAAGUAAAUUCUCGCCUUUCCGAUGUUAACACGGUCCUCGAAACUACAAACACUACGUUGGAGACAGAAUUGUACGCGGUCUCCAGGGAACUGCAAGCUUGGAAUGUUGAAGUAACUAAGGAAAAGGCUGUCUUCGAAACUUUGAACCUAUUCGAUUAUGACUCAAAUCGUAAAACUUUGAUUGGGGAGGGUUGGAUUCCCAAAGAUGAAUUAAGCAACUUGCAAGGACAGCUAGCCAGGCUCACUGCUUCGCUAGGAGUUGAUGUUCCAUCCAUUGUGCAAGUAUUGGAGACUAAUAAGACUCCGCCUACAUUUCACAGAACCAACAAGUUCACUGCAGCUUUCCAAAAUAUUGUUGAUUGUUACGGUACUGCUACUUACCGUGAAGUCAAUCCAGGGCUGCCUACCAUUGUCACUUUUCCCUUUAUGUUUGCUGUCAUGUUUGGUGACAUGGGGCACGGUUUGUUGAUGGCCAUGGUUGCUGCGCUACUGGUAUUCAACGAAAAGGCAUUGGGUAAGAUGAAGAGAGAUGAGAUAUUUGACAUGGCAUUUUCGGGAAGGUACAUUUUGUUACUGAUGGGCUUGUUUUCUAUCUAUACCGGAUUCUUGUACAAUGAUAUGUUUUCCAAGUCCCUUACCUUAUUUAAGUCAGGCUGGGAAUGGCCAUCUCAUUGGAAGGAAGGAGAGAGUAUUCAAGCCACUUACGUUGGAACGUAUCCUAUCGGUUUAGAUUGGGCUUGGCAUGGGACUGAAAAUGCUUUGCUCUUCAGCAACUCAUACAAGAUGAAAUUGUCUGUUUUACUUGGAUUCAUUCACAUGACAUAUUCCUACAUGUUUUCUUUGGUCAAUGCUUUGCACUUUGGCAAAUGGAUUGAUAUAAUCGGCAACUUUAUUCCUGGUCUCUUGUUUAUGCAAGGUAUCUUUGGUUAUCUGUCCAUUUGCAUUGUGUACAAGUGGACCAUUGACUGGGUUAAAGAUGAACGUGUCGCACCAGGUCUGUUGAAUACCCUAAUCAACAUGUUCUUAUCACCAGGAACCGUAGAAGAGGAGCUUUACCCACAUCAGGCAAAAGUUCAAGUUUGUUUACUUAUCAUGGCCUUAAUUUGUGUCCCCUGCUUGUUGCUCAUUAAACCAAUUCACUUUAAACUCACCCACGAAGAUCAUACAUACGCUCCUGUCAGUGGGGAAGAGGGCGAGCAACAUAGUGGGCACACUACUAAGAAUGGUGAUGAUGAUGAUGAGGACGAGAAUGGUGGUCACGGGGAAGAAUUUGGGGAUGUUGUCAUUCACCAAGUUAUUCACACUAUUGAAUUCUGCUUGAAUACUGUUUCCCACACCGCUUCUUAUUUACGUUUGUGGGCCUUGUCUCUUGCCCAUGCUCAGCUGUCUACUGUGCUAUGGACCAUGACAAUUCAAAUUGCCUUUAGUAUGACCGGUGUCGUUGGAGUUAUCAUGACUGUUGUCUUGUUCACCAUGUGGUUUGUACUCACCUGCGUCAUUCUAGUCUUGAUGGAAGGUACUUCUGCCAUGUUACACUCUUUGCGUUUACAUUGGGUUGAAUCCAUGUCGAAAUUUUUCGAAGGUGAAGGUACACCAUACGAACCUUUCCAAUUUCAAACUGUCGAAUUUGAACUAGCUGAAUAA